UCUGAGCGCUGCGGCGGGGACACCCGUCCCAGCCGUGGGCUGUUCUGGCGUGAACCCCUGCUCCGCACCCCCUGUGCCGCUGCAGGCAGAGGGGAGCAGGUGUCCAUCCCGGUGGGUGGGAGAGGAUCCCCUCUCGCUGCAGAGAGGUGCUGCCUGCUUGCAGGCAGGACCCCCCUGAGCUGGGUUGCCCGCUGGGGCCCUGGCUCGCAGCCCUCCCCAGGGAUGAGGAGGGGACAGCCUGCAGUGACAGCCGUGGGAAAAGCUGCUGGAGGAAAAGCCGCAGCCUUGACGAGCAAUUUAAGUCUUCAUUCUCCAAAUUCUUCAGCCUGCUCCCCAGAUGGAGGAUCCCAUCCAGCUGAAAGAGGAGGGCAAUAAAUAUUUUCAGGCCAGCGACUAUGAGAAAGCUGUGCAAAGCUACACUCAAGCCAUAAAGCUGAACAAGGACAAGGCGCUGCAGGCGGUGCUGUACAGGAACAGGGCAGCCUGUUUCCUCAAAAAGGAGGAAUACGCCAAGGCAGCCUCGGAUGCGUCUAGAGCUAUUGACAUCAAUUCUUCGGAUAUCAAAGCCUUGUAUCGGCGCAGCCAAGCUCUGGAAAAACUGGGGAAAUUGGACCAGGCAUUCAAAGAUGCUCAGAAAUGUGCCACCAUUGAACCCCGCAACAAGAACUUCCAGGAGACCCUGAGGCGGCUGGGGGCCAACAUCCAGGAGAAGCUGCGCAUUCAGUUCUCCACGGACUCGAGGGUGCAGAAGAUGUUUGAAAUCCUACUGGAUGAAAACAGUGAGAAAGAAAAGCGAGAGAAGGCUGCCAACAACCUCAUAGUCCUGGGACGGGAAGAAGCAGGUGCCGAGAGGAUUUUCCAGAACAACGGGAUCAGCUUGCUGCUGCAGCUGAUAGAAACCAAAGAUGCUGAGCUGAUCCUGGCAGCUGUGAGGACACUUUCAGGCAUGUGUACAGGACACAAGGCUCGGGCCACCGCCAUUCUCCAUUACCUGGGCAUCGACAACAUUUGUAUGUGGAUGUCGGUAGACAAUGAAGAAAUCUCUCUGGCUGUCUGCAACCUCCUGCAGGCCAUCACUGACUGCUUGCUGGGCCAGGGGAAGGAGGAGCAGCACGGGAAGGAGGAGGCUGUGGUGCUAGAUACUAAAAAAGAUUUGAGGAUGAUCACAAUGCGCUUGCUGGAUAUGCUGGUCAGUAAGAAAGUAUCUGGGCAGGGACGAGACCGAGCUCUCAACCUCCUCAACAAGAAUAUACCCAGGCAGGACCUGAAAGACCAUGACAACAGCAGGACCAUCUUCGUCAUUGACAAUGGCUUAAAAAAGAUACUGAAAGUGGUGGGCCAGAUUCCCGAGAUGCCUGACUGCCUGCCGCUGACAGAGAACACCCAGCUGACCGCCUCCGUCCUCCUAAAUAAACUCUACGAUGACCUGCGCUGUGACCCAGAGCGUGACAACUACCGGGUGAUCUGCGAGGAGUAUAUCAAGAGCAAAAUUGACCCACAGGACAUGGAUAAGACACUCCAUGCCAUACAGAUGGUGUCUGGAGUUCUGCAAGGACCCUUUGACUUGGGCAACAAACUGCUUAGCAUGAAGGGUGUUAUGGAGAUGAUGGUUGCCCUGUGUGGGUCCGAGAGGGAGAUUGACCAGCUGGUGGCUGUGGAAGCCCUCAUCCAUGCCUCCACCAAGCUGAGCCGGGCCACCUUCAUCAUUUCCAAUGGGGUAACACUCCUGAAGGAGAUCUACAAGAAGACCAAGAAUGAGAAGAUCAAAAUCCGAGCCCUGGUGGGUCUCUGCAAGCUGGGCUCAGCAGGAGGUACAGAUUACGGACUGCGGCAGUUUGCUGAGGGCUCCACCGAGAAGUUAGCCAGGCAGUGCCGAAAGUGGUUGUGCAACACCAGCAUUGAUACCCGCACCAGGAAAUGGGCUGUGGAAGGGAUGGCAUAUCUAACCUUUGAUGCAGAUGUGAAAGAUGACUUUGUUGAAGAUGAGCCAGCCCUGCAGGCUAUGUUUGAAUUAGCCAAGACAAGCGACAAGACUAUCCUGUACUCUGUGGCUUCUGCAUUGGUGAACUGUACCAACAGCUAUGAUACCAAGGAGCUGGUCCCAGAGCUGGUGCAACUGGCAAAGUUCUCCAAGCAGCAUGUGCCUGAGGAGCAUCCAAAGGACAAGAAGGAUUUUGUUGUGAAGCGAGUGAAGCGACUGCUGAAAGCUGGCGUCGUCUCUGCCUUGGCGUGCAUGGUGAAGGCAGACAGUGCCAUCCUGACGGACCAGAGCAAGGAGCUUAUUGCCAGGGUUUUUCUUGCCUUAUGUGAAGACCCCAAGGACCGCGGGACCAUUGUUGCUCAGGGCGGUGGAAAGGCCCUCAUACCUCUGGCUGUGGAAGGCACAGAAGUUGGCAAGAUAAAGGCGUCUCACGCACUGGCGAAAAUUGCUGCUGUCUCCAAUCCUGACAUGGCAUUCCCAGGGGAGAGGGUGUAUGAGGUGGUGAGGCCCCUUGUCAGUCUACUGAACACUGAGAGAGAUGGCCUCCAGAAUUAUGAGGCUCUGUUAAGUCUCACUAACUUUGCAGGAAGAAGUGAUAAACUCCGGAUGAAGAUAAUCAAAGAGAGAGCCUUGCCAGAUAUUGAAAAUUAUAUGUUUGAGAACCACGACCAACUUCGACAGGCAGCCACGGAGUGCAUGUGCAACCUGGUGGUCAACAAGGAGGUUCAGGAGCGGUUUGUGGCUGAUGGAAAUGACCGGCUGAAGUUGGUGGUGUUACUGUGUGGUGAGGAUGAUGAGAAAGUCCAGGUUGCAGCAGCAGGAGCCCUGGCCAUGCUUACAGCAGCACAAAAGAAACUCUGCUCUAAGAUGACUGAAGUGACCACCCAGUGGCUUGAAAUCCUGCAGAGGCUCUGCUUGCAUGAUAACAUGGAAGUACAGCAUCGAGGACUGGUCAUCGCCUUCAACUUAAUCAGCUCUGACAAAGAGCUGGCGAAGAAGCUGGUGGAGACGGAACUCCUGGAGAUCCUGACAUAUGUCGGCAAGCAGGAGGACGACCCCAAGAAGCAGCACAUCAUUAAUGCAGCACGUGAUUGCCUGACAAGGUGCAUGGAUUACGGGCUCAUCAAACCUCUCUCUCGGGCUUGAGGUCUUGAUGACACCUUUACGUUCAUUUCUCUUAACCAGUGGAGAAGGAAGCUUCUAUGGGAAACAUGAACCUAGGAGUACAGUUACAAUGGUUUUCUCUGAACAGGAGAAGCUGUGUGGUUUCUCUUAAGGAAGCAGGGAAGCAACUCCAUUGCUAAAGCACCGUCUUAAAAGAGCAUCUGGGUGAGUCUCAAGUCUGGCUUGGGUUCACCAAGUGUUUGUUAAGAGACUUUCAAGUCAAAGUCCAACAGUAACGUGUAGGGCAACUCCAUUGCUGCUGUUCGUGUGAUUGCGUUAAACAGAACAAAGCACCCUGAACGCACUCAGGAUUUAUGAAUUCUGUACUGUCUUGUAAGUCCAAAAGUUGGUUUAAUAAAGUUGGUGUUCCUUGAAAAAAAUCUUUCCUUGUCUAUCUUAUAUAGACUAUCACAGCUUUAAUAACGCUAUUACACUUAAAAGACAGAUCAAAGGCAAUGUUAGUAAAACGUGACUGGGUUUAGUAACUUGUGUUUUGGACAAUAAAUGCUAUAAACAGGCAUGGUUUGGGCUGAGGAGAGGAGGGUUGGAAGCAGUCAAAUCCAAGUUGCUAUCUUGCAGCCACCUUCAGGAACACUAAUAAAAUGUGCAGGGAAACUGCUGGGCCUGUCACCGUGUGGGCUUGGUGCCUGCUGGUCAGGCGGGUGCCGAAGAGAGCUCAGCAUUCAAGAGUGAUCACAGCUGUUCUGGCUUCGAGGGUGGAGGUGGGUGGUU